AUGGCUAUUAUAAUCAUUAUGGCUAAUUUACCCGAUCGCGAAAAUAUUAUAGAAAAAAUAUUGCUCGGCCCUCAGCUUGGUGUGGUGCUUUAUUCAGUCUUAGAUCUCAAUAUUCCUCAAAUUCUUGAGUCUGGACCUAAAACAUCUGAAGAAAUAUCUCAAAUAGUGCAUACAGUCCCUGAAAAACUGCAUCGAGUUUUAUUGGCUUUAGAAACUGAAGAUAUAUUUCGCUUCAACCCACAAACAAAUCAAUUUUCUAAUUCACAAACUUCACGCUUAUUUUUAAAUGAAAAUUAUGCAGGCUGCGCAAAAAUGUGUUUGCUCCCAUUUCGCUAUGAAUUAUUGACAGCUUUUCCAGAAUCCUUAAGAACCACAACAUCUUUACCUGAAAUUAAAUACAAAAAAAGUUACCUGCAGUAUCUCAUAACAAAUCCAGAAAAUAUGGAUAAAUAUCUUGAAGGCGCAAAAUUUCACGUGAAGUACACUUGCCCAGACUUGGUGAGAGCUAUAAACUUAUCAGACAUUAAUAGAGUUUUAGAUGUAGGCGGAUAUGAUGGAACACUAUUAAUUGAACUUUCAAAAGUAUACCCACAAAUAACAGGAGCUGUUUAUAAUGAAACUCAUUUCAGACCUAUUGCAACAAAGAAAAUCGAAGAAGAACUGCUGUCAAACAGACUUAAGGCUUUAGCAGGAAAUUAUAUUGAUGCAGUUCCAGAAGGGUAUGAAUGCAUAAUUUUGGAAAAUGUUUUGAGGACUUUUCCUGACAAUGUAGUCGUUUCUAUUCUCACGAACUGCAAGAAAGCCUUGAUUUCUGGAAACAAGCUAUACUGCGUUGAUUAUAUUUUAGACAAAAAUCAUCAGACAUACCAAUUUGAAAGAAUUCUUGAUAUAAGAGUUUUAGGCCUCAAUAAUGGGAAAGUUAGAAGCAGAGACGAAAUUCAAGCAAUUUUUGAAAGAGCUGGGCUGAGAAUUACAAAUUUCAUUCCUGCUGUGAAGCAGUGGGUGAUUGAGUCUCAUGCUAUGUAA